AUGUGGCAGUUUCUUAUGAAGAAUGAUGAUGAAAUGGGUAACCAUGAAGUGCCGCCGAACCAAAUGACAGACGUCACAAACACCACCACCAAUAGCCAACGAAUCACCGCAGCAACUACUGCUAUCACUGAAGAAAAUAUUACUGCCAGUAAUAACCUUGGUGAAGAAGCUAUAAAUACGACGAAUAACUUGGGAGAAAUGAAAGAAGACGGCAACCAACAACAACAACAUACAGAAAAUGUCGAAAAGAGAAAGGAAGGGAGAGAUCUACCUGUAAAUGAAACCACGCCAGAACAUGAUAUUGAUGCCACGAAACUAACUAUCUCCAGCGACCAUUCGACUGAAGUUGAUUUACCAAGCCCACAGCCCGAAAUACUGAGCUCUAUUGACUUCCAGUUCGAUCACAAUGAAUUCGAUGAUGGGAUUCGGCCGGAAACCUCAAUUGAAGAUGAUCAAGACGCUGAUGAAGAUGAGGAAGAAUAUGGAGAUUCUGACGAUGUUGAAGAUAAUGAAAAUAAAUUAUUUCAAAUGAUAGACUCGGAUGACAUCAUGGUCAAAGUCCUUGGGUCCAAAUACAAGUCAAGAACAUUGGAAUUUCUUAGUAAAGAUGACAAUAUAACUAGGCUUCUAAACGUUGUUGUGAACUCUCAUGAUGCCUUCUUGAGAAGAUACGAGGAUAAAAAUCUCGAAUAUUUUGACGAAGGCGAUGAUUCUCCAAAAGAUGGGAAACAGUAUUUUUUCCAGGAUUGUGAUGAAUUAGACUACUAUUUUGACAAUGUUAUGAUGAAAAGGGACAAAGAUAUUCACGAGCAAGACUACAAUAAAGAUGAUUACAAUAUCAGCAAAAUACGAGCAAGAGUGAAGAUUAGUAUUGAAUCUAAUGGUGGACUGUAUGAUAAAAUGGCCUCCGUAGUUGCAAAAACUGGAAAUCUAAAAAUUAGUGAUACUGGUGAUGAACAGCCGCCUGAUAAGGCUAUGAAAUCUAAUGAGACAAAAUUCGGAAAAGAUGAUGAGAAACUAAUAAGACGAAGCGCCGUCAUUGCGGAAAUCUACAGUUCUGAUAAAGAAAGUAUCAUUGAAGCAUUUAUUUCUAACCCUAAACAUUUGACAACAUUGUGGAAAAUGUUGGAAAAACCUCAACUUUUCAAAGUAAUACCCUAUGUUCAAAUUUUUGCUAAGAUUAAUGAAACCAUGUUGACAAGGAGAACAGAACAGUUUUUGAACUUUAUUAGAAGAAAUGUGAAUUUAGUUGACUUGUUUGUGAGGACUAACGUGGAUAUCUCUCUAUUGAACGAGUUCUUGAUAAAGUUGGUCAUCACUGAUAGGGUCCAUAAGCCCACUGGAAUAAUAGAUUUGUUGAUGGAACAAAAUUUGAUUCAGAAUGUUCUUAAUUUGAUUGAUGACAAGUACCCAUUUUUUAUCAGAGAAUUUGCUGGUGAUAUGAUCAAGAAUUUGAUCAGCUUUUCUACCUAUGCAUCCGAGAAUGAGAAUGAAGAUUCCUAUAUUAUAGGCCCCAAUAAUUUGACUAGAGAGUUGGUUAGUUACAAAAGUGUUUGGAAAAUGGCUAAUAGACUUAAACAAGGGGGAAAAACAUUGUUCAUCUUGGUAGAUAUAAUUGUGGAACUUAUUCGCAAAAAUAACGAUGAUUAUGAGAAGUUUAAUAUUCUUGGGUUCAGCAAGUACCAGGCGUUCUUAAAUGAGUUUCAAGCCUCGAAGUCUCCUGAAAACUUGAAAGACGAAGGUAAAUCCCCUGCAACUAUCAGUUCUGAAAGCGAAUCAAGAAAAGAAUUCAAUAAGUUGAUGGACGUUUUCCCGCCUGGUGACCAUGAUCCAAUUUAUCUUAAUAAUAUUUUGAAGAUAUUCACAUAUAACUUACCUUGGAUUUUUGAUAGAUUGACGGAGGAUUUGGGAUUUCUGGAUGAAGAUUGUUUAUUUGAUGAGACCAAAGUUGACUAUUAUUUUUUCAAUGAAGAUCCUUACAAAGAUUUGGACUCCAAAAGCGAAAUAGACCGCAAAUUGAUCGAAGGUAAAUUAUUCAUCAACCAAACCUUUGGUUAUAUUGAAAAAUUGAGUUUUGAUAAAUUAAGGCUUGUUGAGCUUGUUGCUGAACUACUACAUUGUUCUAAUAUCAAAUUAUACAAUAAUAGAAAUGCUGAGUGGUUGAUUAUCCAAAGAAAUCAACUUAUUAAAUCGAAAUCGAAGUUUUUGAAAGAAGCUUUGAACGAUGAUCUAUCUUUUACUGAAUGUAUUGAUGAAGAUGGCGAUACCGGAGUUGACCAUCACCAAACGUUUUCAUUACCAUUAAUAGACAAGCAAUCCGUCAACAAUGAAAGUUUCAUGGCCGAAAAUGACGAAAUUGACGAUGAUGAUGAAGACGAUGAAUCAUUCGAAAGAUUUCACUAUGAAAAUGGUAAUGUGAGUGAUUUCAGAAUUAAUGGGCCAAAUGAAGCUGAUGUUGAUCAAGAUAGCGCUACAUCAUUACCUUUCAAAACCGAAGAACUUUCUGAGGCUGUCAGAAAGGCCAAGAAAACUAAAAUGCUUAGUAAACUUGCCCUCAAAAUAGACAACAAUAUCAACACCAAGGUUCCGGUCUCGGAAAAUGUUGCUGGUAAGCCAAAUACCUUGACGGUGAAAACUGUGCUAGAUGCUCCAGCUGAAGAUGAUGGCUCGCAUGAGGAUUUGUAUAAUGAAGAUGACGAUCUGUCAAAUGCUGAUGACGAUGAUUCGAGUUUGAGUAAGAUGCUCCUUUUUACUGUUUCGGAAGAGGAAGCGGAUACUGAUUGUUUGGGUCUAAAAUGCGAUGUCAAUAAUCCUUUUGUUAGUGAAGAGAAUGCGUCAAAAUUGAGGGAGAAUGCGUCAUUAGGAGAUUUUUUCAAGAUCAAAUUACAUGACGUUGGAAUUUUAGAUUUAAUUUUCAAGAAGUUAUUUUUGAGGUAUCCUUGGAAUAAUUUUUGGCAUAACGUGGUGUUUGACUUAAUUCAGCAAUUACUCAGUGGAAGGAUGAAUGGGAAUUUUAAUGCUUUCUUGGUGGCUGACUUGUUUAAUAAAUCGAGAUUGAUUGAUUUAAUUUUGGUAUCUCACAAAAGAAACCUUAAUUUCUUAAAAAAGAACAAUAUUGAGUUUGCGUACAUGGGUCAUAUCUCUUUGAUUAGUGAGGAAGUUAACAAGUUUACGUUGGAGAAUAAUUUGGCGCUUAUUGAUCCAAAUAUUUUGGAUUUGGCUUGCCGUCAAGACUGGUUUUCCUAUAUCAACAAAAAACUAAAUGAAACUAAGAAAAGUUAUAAUCUGUUGUUGGGAGGUGAGAAGCCGGAAGCAGAGAUUUACAGAGAUCCUGGGUCUAUUAUAUUGGGAUCAAGUGAAGAAGAGAUUGAGAAUCAGGAUAUUUCAAAGAGUAAUCCACAAAAAUUGAAAGUGUUGAAUGGAGAUCAUGAUUCGGAUGAAAAUGAUGAUGAUGAUGAUGAUGAUGAUGACGAUAAUGAGGAGGAGGAAGAAGAUGAUGAAGAAGAAGAGGAUGAAGAAGAAGAUUAUGAUGAUGAUAAUAAUAAUGAUGAUGAUGAUGAUGAUGAUGAUGAUGAUGAUGAUGAUGAUGAUGAUGAUGAUGAAGAUAAUGAUAAUGAGCAAGAUAUUGAUGAUGAUAAUAAGGUUCAUAACCAAAAGAAUUCUACAAGAGGCUCUGACAAGAUUUCCCAUGCCAAUGACUUAACCAAUAACAAUGAUAAUGGUAACAGUGGUAAUAAUAAAAAUAAGGAUGAGAAUGACGAGAAUGGCAUCGAAGAUGAUUCCUCAGCAGACAGUUUCCCUCUCAAAUUUGAACAAAUAACUACUGACAAUACCAGUUCGUCAAAUACUAGCAAUUUACAAUUAUUUGGGGAAUAUGAAGAUCUGAUUCAACAACAUAAGCAUCAUGGUAGUAAACUUGAUAAAAAGAGUCUGAAAAAUACAGAUAAGAAAUGA